AUGGCACCCCGCUGCCUGCUGACUCGGCGGUCGGUGCUGCCAGCUGCCCACAAGCCGGUUCCUCAGGAAGCAGCCGUCGGGGAGAGCAUCCUCUCGCCUCCACCCGGAAAGCACGUGGCGGUGUGCCUGCUGGGCGCCGGUGCCUGCAGCGCCCCGCACCGCUGCCACCGGGCUCCCAGGGUGGCACUGGCCGUCGAGUGGGUGUACCUCGCGCCCUCCAUGCCGGAGACCUCGGUGGGUGGCAAGAGUGGGCUGCACCCCAUGAGAAGGACCUUGUCCUGGGGCAUCUUCGCAGGCACUCUAGAUUACUUCAGUGGGGGCAAGCUGGUCGUAGAGACCCCCAAAGACCCCAUCUACAGCUCCAAUGGCGCCAAUGUCACCCUGCCCUGCCACUACCACUACGAGCCCGACCUGGAGGCCAAACGCAAGAUCCGCAUCAAGUGGUCCAAGUUGCGGGAUGACUACACCAAGGAGCAGGACGUGCUGGUGGCCAUCGGCAAGACCUACAUGGCCUUUGGGGACUUCCGGGGCCGCGCUCACCUCCACCAGGCCGGCCGGCGCGAGGCCUCGCUGGUCGUCAGUGACGUGCGCUUGCAGGAUGAUGGCAAAUACCGCUGCGAGGUCAUCGAUGGGCUGGAAGAUGAGAGCGACGUGGUGGACCUUCGGCUGCAAGGCAUCGUGUUCCCCUCCCAGCCUCCCCGCGGGCAGUACCGGCUCAACUUCCAUGAAGCCGAACAAGUGUGCCAGGAGCAGGGCGCCAUCCUUGCCACCUUCCACCAGCUCUUCCAGGCCUGGAGCGAGGGGCUGGACUGGUGCAACGCGGGCUGGCUGGCUGACGGCACCGUGCAGUACCCCAUCCGCCUGACCCGUAAACCCUGCGGUGGGCUGCAUCUCGGCCCGGGCAACCGCAGCUUUUUUCACCGGCACCUGCACCGCUUUGAUGCCUUCUGCUUCUCCUCUGCGCUCAAAGGAGAGGUUUUCUACCUGGACCACCCAGCCGGGAUGAUGCUGGAGGAGGCCAAGCAGAGCUGCCAGGAUGUGGGGGCUGAGAUCGCCCGAGUCGGGCAGCUCUACUCUGCCUGGAAAUUCCAGGGGCUGGACCGCUGCGAUGCCGGCUGGCUGGCAGAUGGUAGCCAUUUGGUUAUGAAAAGAUGUAUUUUCCUGGACCUCUUCUAA